AUGGCGAACAUGCUGGCGACACUCCUGGUUCUUCUGAUCAUCAUUUUGCGGGAACCUGGACAGACCCAACACUGUGACAGCAGCUGUCCAUCAGUCUGCAAUUGCGUCGGUAGGGGCUUCCGCCUUGUUCCUGCAGACCUGCCCAGAACCAUCACCAGUCUUAAGCUGCACCACAAUUCUAUCACAAACUUAAGAAGGAUUGGAUUCUCAUUGUACUCAAAGUUGAAGGAGUUAAAUGUUAAUCAUAAUAAGAUUUCAAAAGUCCACAAGCAGGCCUUCUCCGGCCAGCUCCAAAAGUUGUACCUAUCAAAUAACAAGAUAACUUACAUUCAGCCUGGUGCAUUUUCGCUUUUAGGUUGGCUCCAAGAGCUGAACCUGAACGGAAAUAAGAUAACCAACAUUGACCCUGGUACAUUUUCAUGUUUACCUGGUAUAUUUUCAUGUUUAUCAAAUCUAAGAUCUCUGAACCUAGGUAACAACAAAAUAACUAAAAUUCCGCUCGGUACAUUCCUGAAUCUAACGGGGCUUUCUAGUUUGGGCCUAUACUCCAACAACCUAACUACAGUCCUUCCAGGUACAUUCACAAAUAAACGACGUCUCAAGCAUUUGUCGCUGCACAACAACCAAAUAACUGAUUUCAAGACUGGCACAUUUUCAGAUUUGCCCAGACUUCAUUUUUUGGAGCUAUCAAGUAAUCAAUUACGUGACAUUCAACCUGGGGCACUCUCAAAUCUAACUAAUCUUAAAACGUUACGCCUGGAUGAAAACCCAUGGAAUUGCGAUUGUAGGAUGGUAGGUGUGAAGAAAACCUUUAAAUUCAAUAACAAAAUAACUUGUCAAGAACCUAGCAACCUCCACGGGAGAAAACUAGACGAAAUAGAUCCAAACAAUCUAAUCUGUACAAAACCAAAGAUUGUGAGUUUUGAAAACAUCAAAGGCAACAGACUGGUGCCGGGAGAAAUUCUCCAUUUGGUCUGUGAAGCUUCAGGUAUCCCUAAACCAGACAUCACAGUCACCCUCCCAUCUGGACUGAAAGCUACUGUUGAGUCAAGUGUGAGAGUGACUGUGGGAGUGAAUGGUGCCAUCACCGUAACCAAUGUUACUGCAGCUGAUGCUGGUAAGUACAUCUGUACUGCGAGAAAUCUAGUUGGUUUUGCAUAUGUCAACCUAUUUGUGGUGGUAGAAAUCCCAACAUCGGUCAUACCCGUCGUAUCCACUGGCCUUGUGGAGACCUCUGAUGUCAUAGCUUCCACAUCUGCCUCGCACACUGACGGCAUGAUGUUCAAAAGGCUAACGACAUCUGACAGACUGUUUGUUGAGGUAAAAACUAUAACAUCAGUCAUGUCGGGCAUAUCCACUAGCGCUGUUCAGUCUGACGGCAUGGUGUCCCAAAAGCCAACGAUUGUGAGGUUUAAGGUGAGCAAUAGUACAAUAGCGCAGGUGGAGACUCUGUAUUUGGUCUGUGAAGCUUCAGGAAGAGCUCCUCCAAAUAUCCUUGUCACUCUCCCAUCUGGCCUGAUUGCAAGUGCGGAGUCAGACGACAUGGUCAGCACGUCGCUCAAUAGUUCAGGAGGUCAGGGCAGGUCAGAGAUAACCAGCAGUACUACAGGUACAGAACAGGCCGAUACACCUGAGAACGUAUAUGAGGACCCCGAAUCUCUCAUAGCCGUCGCUGGUCCGCCCUUAGAUAAUGAGAAAACAGCUGAAGCAUGA